CCUAAUGAAACCACCUGUCUUGUGAGCACCACAAAGGAUAUCUUAUAUGUGGACCGUUCUGUCACCAGCCGCAGAGUCCUUCUUAAACUGAGCAAGGUAAUCAUCACAAAUGGGGAUAAAUCAAUGGAGACGUAUGCAGUGCUGGAUGAUGGAUCAGAAAGGACUAUCCUCCUCCAUGCCGCAGCUCAGCAGUUAAAUCUCAAGGGGCAGUCAGAAGACCUUAUAUUGAGAACAGUGAAACAAGAUCAGCAGGUCCUGCAUGGGGCGGCCGUCUCCUUCACAGUGUCUCCUGUGUCUAACCCUAACAAGAAAUUCCAUAUCAAAGGUGCAUUUACAGCUGACAGACUAGGUUUAGCCGAGCAUACAUACCCAGUGGUAUCCUUACAAAAGAGAUAUCGACAUCUAGCUGGCCUUCCCCUACAACAGAUCGAUAAAGUGCAACCUAUGCUGUUAAUUGGUUCAGACUGCCCACAUCUAAUCACUCCCAUUGAACCUGUUCUGUUAGGCCCACCUGGUGGACCAGCAGCCGUUAAGACCCGCCUGGGAUGGACCUUACAAGGGCCCACGCAUGAGAUUCAGCAUGGAGUCAAUUCUCAUCAAUGUUUUUUCACAUCUGUCCUCCCCAACUCAGACCUGUUGGAUCACGUUGAGAGACUAUGGAAAAUGGAUGUAGUUCCCUACCACAAUGACAAGGUUGUGACACGAUCUAAACUGGAUCAGGAUGCUGUUAGACUACUGCAGGAGAAAACUGUAAGAGUGGAAGUAGAUGGAAUAAUGCGUUAUGCCACACCACUGCUUCGGGUACAGAACAUGCCAAGUUUAACCAUGCCCAAAGAUGCUGUUCUCCCUCUGCUCAGAAGUGUAGAAAGGAAGCUGCUUAGGAACCACGACCAGGCUUUAACCUACCAAACUGAGAUCACUAAGUUAGUAGACGCUGGCUAUGCAGUAAAGCUGGAGGAAAGCGAGGUGAACAGCUCCAAUGAGUCGUGGUACAUACCCCACCAUAUAGUGCAACAUAACGGAAAGUUCAGAGUUGUCUAUAACUGCUCCUUUCAUUAUGAAGGUCAAAGCCUAAAUCAAUUCCUCCUUCCAGGACCAACACUAGGCCCAUCAUUGUUGGCAGUAUUACUGCGUUUCCGUGAGCACUCCAUAGCUAUCAGCAGUGAUAUUAAAGGUAUGUUUCACCAGGUGAGGCUGCUUCCUGAUGACAAGUCUCUACUUCGAUUCCUGUGGAGGGAUGUAAAACCAGAGCAAUAUCCUGAUGUGUAUCAGUGGCAGGUGCUGCCCUUUGGCACGACAUGCAGCCCCUGUUGCGCUACAUACGCCCUGCAAAGGCAUGUCAUGGAUCACAGUCAGCCUGGGGAGAAGGUCAGGGAUGUUAUUGAGAAGUCCUUCUAUGUCGACAAUUGUUUACAUAGUCUUACCUCCAAGGAAGAAGCUAAAGAUUUAGUUGAUCAGCUCUGUUCACUUCUGUCAUCUGGAGGCUUUGAACUUCGACAGUGGGCCAGCAAUUGUCCGUCUGUAAUCACUCACCUUCCCCCUGAAUCUAGAUCCAACACCUGUGAUCUUUGGCUUCGUCAAGGCCAACAAGACGUCCAUGAGUCGACACUUGGACUGCACUGGCACUGCCAAUCUGACACACUGCAUUACAAGCACAGAGGUACAUCCUAUUCUACUGUGACUAUGCGCAACAUUUACCGUGUUCUGGCAAGUCAGUAUGACCCCCUCGGUUACAUCAUUCCCUUUACGACAAGAGCCAAAAUAAUAGUGCAGCGUCUGUGGGAUAAGAGGAGGGACUGGGAUGACCCACAGUUACCUGACGACUUACUUGACAUGUGGUCAGCAUGGGAGAAAGAGUUAAGUGCAUUAGAGGAGAUAACCCUGCCCAGAUGUUACUUCAGUUCACAGAUGGAUCAACCAUCCUGUAGACAUGAGAUUCACGUGUUUUGUGAUGCAUCGGAACAGGCAUAUGGAUCAGUAGCCUACCUACAGACAAAAAACACUAAGGGUGACGUAGAAGUUACCUUUGUAGCUGCCAGGUCUCGUGUUUCCCCUCGCAAGCAGCAGUCCAUACCUCGUUUGGAGUUGUGUGCAGCUCUUAGUGGUGCACAACUUUCUCAGGUUUUAGUCACUGAGCUUACAAUCCCCAUCCACUCUGUCACACUCUGGUCAGACUCCACUACAGUGCUCACAUGGUUGUUGUCCAGUUCAUGUCGUUAUAAGGUGUUUGUGGGAACCAGAGUAGCAGAGAUCCAAGAGUUGACUGCAUCAGCUACCUGGCGUUAUGUUCGAUCCAGUGACAACCCAGCAGACGACAUAACUCGAGGCAAACCCCUUCGAGACCUCUCAGCCAGGAGCCGAUGGUGCCAAGGACCGCCUUUCCUUAAGCUGCCCCCAGAUAGUUGGCCUGAACAACCCCCCUUGCCUUCCGAAACACAAAGCAGUGAGUUGAAACAGUCUGUUUUCUGUGCAUCAGUAAAUGUAACUACGCCCUUGCCAAAGCCAGAGCAGUACAACACCCUCUCAGAAUACCUAAAUGCCUAUGGUCAGGAGCUUCAUGGGGCGGCCUAUACUUCAUGUGCUGACACCCAGAGAGAUGUCCAACGAGCAGUCCUCUGUCAAUGUCAAGCUGAGUCUUUUCCUACUGAGUUAAGCCUCCUGAGGUCAGGAAAGCCAGUGUUGACCACCAGCCGAUUAGCCUCACUCUCCCCUGAACUAGACACAGAUUCAGGUUUUAUUAGAGUAGGUGGCCGCUUGCGCCAUUGUGACGUUUUAGAGGCAGAUAUAGUACAUCCAAUUGUCCUUGACCCUCAACAUCCUGUCACUCAAUUAGUUAUCAGAGAUUACGAUAACAAACUGCUUCAUCCUGGCUCGGAGCGGUUGUUUGCAGACAUAAGGAGGACAUAUUGGAUAUUAAGGGGUCGUGAAGCAGUCCGCAAACAUCAACGUCAAUGUGUCGAGUGUAGGAAAUGGAGAAGCCGCCCAGAAGUGCCUCUUAUGGCCGAUCUACCUCUCACCAGACAAAGGUACUUCAGACCAGCCUUCUAUUCAACAGGCAUGGAUUGCUUUGGGCCUUUCCUCAUCAAAAUUGGCCGUCGUAAUGAGAAGAGAUGGGGCAUAGUCUUUAAGUGUAUGACAAUAAGAGCAGUGCACAUUGACAUUCUCACAAGUAUGGACUCUGACUCCUUCCUGAUGGCCCUACGAAGGUUCAUCUCUCAGCGAGGAAAGCCACAUGAGUUGCUGUGUGACCAGGGAACUAAUUUCAAAGGAGGGGAACGUGAAUUAAGCGAAUCCUUUGAUGCCCUACAGAGUCAACUAAAGAGUCACCUUGCCAGUCAACAGAUCAAGUUCCUUUACAACCCACCAGGUGCACCUCACUUCGGCGGUUGCUGGGAGAGGGAGAUCCGCUCGAUUAAAUCGGCUCUCAGAGUGACCAUCGGGGCGCAGACUGUCACAGAAGAGGUGCUGAGAACAGUCCUGAUGGAGGUGGAAGGUAUCCUUAAUUCCAAACCCCUUGGAUAUACCUCCUCUGAUAUAGCCGACAUUGACCCAAUUACACCGAACUGUUUCCUCAUUGGACGACGAGAUACCUCUUUACCUCAGGUGGUCUACCAAGAGUCAGAGAUGUUGAGUCGUCGACGUUGGCGUCACAGCCAGCUACUUGCAGAUCAUUUCUGGAAGCACUUCCUUAAGUAUUACCUGCCCAGUCUCCAAGUACGCCAGAAGUGGAAGUCAGACAAGAAAAUGUUGGAGAUUGGUGAUGUGGUUAUGAUCGUUGAUUCCCAACUACCUCGUGCCCUGUGGCCAGUAGGACAAAUCACUCAGGUGUUCCCAAGUUCAGAUGGCAGAGUACGAGCAGCUAAUGUGGCAGUUAAGGAUAGGACAUACAUGCGACCGGUAGCUCGACUCAUUCAGCUUCCAGCCUUACCUGAGGAUAGUUGAUGUCAGGAUAUAGAGCUUUUAAGAUGAGCGAAUUCAACUCUUGAAUUCGGGGGCGGCUGUUCAAAAGGCUCAAAGGUCCUAAAUAUCUCAGAUGCCUUACACCAAUCAGGAAGCGCAACGUCAUCAGAGCGUCACAGAAAGAGGAAGAAACUGUUCUAAGAGAAAAAGCAGGUGCUGCACGUGAGAAACUUAUCGCGUGCAAACUAACUAAUCUAAGCUUCAUUUAAAUCUAACUUCAAGUGUGUAUUGAGUUGCUGUGUGCGUACAUGCAAAAAAAACCACACACAAGUUUGUAAUUCAACAAAGUCUUCAGUAAAGCAAGAAAACCUUUACUAUGUCCUGUAGUGCUUCUUUUCACAACUAAGCAUCUCAUUCAGUUCUGACCGACUGCCUGCUGCUUUCCGCACCUAUAACUAUUCACUACAUUCCGAACCCUACAUUUCA